GGUUAUUGAAAGAACUUUAUCUUGAAUAUCCUCGCAACGAAGCAUACUUUUAAUAGAUAAACUUAAAAUCUUGAGUAAAUAAAACGUAUCAAUAUAUUUUCUUCGUCAUACUUAUCUAACUGCUCAGGUGACAGGGCGAACACAUGAAAUAUUUUUUCUUUAAAUAAAUAGUUUACAGCGGGGCACAAAUUCCUAAAUAUUUACUUUUAGAAAUGAUUGGAUUGUGGAUGUCAUUCGUGGUUUUCCCAUAUUUGGUGCUUGGUGAUGCAUGUUCAGCUCAGAGGAACUGCCACGACUGCAUUACGACAAACACGUUCAUUCCGUUGAAAGACGUGAAAUGCCGGUGGUGUCCACUUGACGGAAAAUGCCAUACGUUCGGCUCCAGCGAGAUUCCUUUGUUAGGAUUCACAAAGAACGCAAAUCCAUGUGAGCAAUGGAUGAAUAUAAAGGAGGAAUCCAAUUGUUCUCUGGACUCAGAUGAAAGUGUUCCUUACGAUCCAGCCAAGGCAUUCGUACUUGCAAACCUUUCAGCCGUUGCAUAUGCCGACUUCGGGUUUAUCCGGAAAUGUAUGGAAAAAAUAGUGCCAAAAGAGGAAUAUCAAGUUGUUGUAACUGUGUCUAAGAAAUGCGACAUGGACCGGCUAUAUCUAGGACGAUGCUAUGCAUUUGUGGCUGUAUCUAAACUGAGAAAAGAAAUUGUAAUAUUGCUCCGAGUUCGCAAUGCGAAGUUGAUUCAGUUUUGGGACGAGAUUAAGAGCUGGGUUAAAACACCAUUCGGAAAGGAUGGAGCUAAAAUUGAUAGAUAUUUGAACACAUCGUUUUCAAAUGUGUAUUAUCCCUGCAUAUACGACACUAUAAAGGAUCUUGUCUCACAAAACAGAGACUAUAAUGUAGUUGUUACAGGACAUGCUCUUGGCGGUGCCAUCGCUUCUCUUGCUGCUUACACCCUUGUGACAGAAGGAAUAGUUGACAAAAAGCGACUGCUCUUAUAUACAUUUGGAAUGCCGAGGGUUGGAGAUAAGGCAUAUGCAUAUUACCAUGAUAUGUAUGUCAUUAACAGUUGGCGAAUUAUACACAAUAAAGACAAGAUUUCGCGAUCACCUUCAAUUGCUAGAGGGUUUUAUCACCAUGGAACGACAGUGCUGUAUCCAGAAGAAAUGCAAUCAAAUACGAAAUUCAACAUUUCUAGAGACAAUGAAGAUCCUGAAACACUGAAAGGCAGCUCGUCAUUGCAAAAUCAUUUGAAAUACUUCGGAGUCAAUAUACCCGAUGUAUGUAAAUCACUGUUGGGCAGUACAAUUACUAACUCAGAAGGGAUUGACUAUUCAUGGAAAUAUUGCGGAGACCAACUAGAUCAAACAGAUAAACACGACACUUGUACCGAAACGCCCAUCAAGAAUGUUACGGAAAGUGUUUGCGACUUCGACAAGGACUUCUGUGACUGGACAAGCGUCCCUUGUAGCAAAUUCAAUUUUCAGAGAAAGAAGGGCCCGUCUGAUAAAGACAAGAAGACUGGACCGGUUAUUGACAAAACUGGCUCAGGCUAUUACAUAUACGUUGAUGCAUCAGACAAUGAACUCAAACUGGCUAAAUUACGCUCACCGAAUUUCACAGCUGGAAAUUAUUGCAUCGAGUUCUAUUACCACAUGUUCGGAGAAGAUAUGGGAUCUCUGGAAUUGUAUAUGUAUACAACCAUAACACCACGAAAAAGUAUUUUCAAGAAAGAAGGGGAACAUGGUACCACAUGGAGACUUCAGCGAGGGGAUGUUUAUGCAACCAAUCUAGGCAAAGGGCUUAUGCAUUUUGAGUUCGAGGCCACAAUUGGUAAGGGCUACAAAAGUGAUAUCGCCAUUGAUUCCGUUAGCAUCACAAAAGGACACUGCCAUCGUAACUAAGACUUUAUCGGUUACAAGGACCUUGCAACACAGACGAGAAGAUAAUUUCAAAAACUGAACUUUAUCCGGGCAGCCGAACACUUUUGGCUGAGAAUAUUUACAAAAUAUGUGCACACGUGUACACACCUGUAAAUCGUAUAUGGAACGAGCUACAUACGGAUUGUAUUGAACAGUUACUUAUAAUUAGUCAUACCCCUUGCACGUUUCAUGAAAUGUAUGGCCGUUCGACUGGUCGUCAUUUUUUGUGUGCAAAUCUGGAUAAAUCAACUUGAAUAAAUUUCAUUUAGAGGCGGUGCGUUGCACAAGAGUGAUACAUAUUAUAUUCAUAUUUUUUUAACUGAUUGCAUUUUUUUAUUUUUUGUUUAAAUUGUGUUAUGGGGCACCUUGAAAACUAUACGAGGAAUGAAAUUGAAACGUUUUAGGUUGAUAUAUAUCAUCGAAAGGAAGUUCAGUAAACAAUAUCCAUGUAAGACAAUGAUUCUAAAAUAAAAUGUUUUCAUCGUUAAUAAAGUGGAUACAAUAAA